GUAGCGCCUUAGCCCGCUCGAGUUUCAAUGCGCGUUGUUGCUGGACGAAGCUGUGUCCUAUACAGCGCUCGCUGCUCGCCUGAUCAUGGCUUCUUCGAGUUCCUUCACCUACUAUUGUCCUCCAUCUUCCUCCCCUGUCUGGUCAGAACCGCUGUAUAGUCUGAGACCUGAGCACGCGCGGGAGCGGUUGCAAGACGACUCAGUGGAAACAGUCACGUCCAUAGAACAGGCCAAAGUAGAAGAACGGAUCCAGGAGGUCUUCAGUUCUUUCAAGUUUAACCACCUAGUACCAAGGCUCGUCUUGCAGAGGGAGAAGCACUUCCAUUAUCUGAAAAGAGGCCUUCGACAACUGACCGACGCCUACGAGUGUCUGGAUGCCAGCCGCCCCUGGCUCUGCUACUGGAUCCUGCACAGCUGGGAGCUCCUAGAUGAACCCAUCCCCCAAAUAGUGGCUGCAGACGUGUGUCAGUUCCUGGAGCUGUGUCAAAGUCCAGAAGGUGGCUUUGGAGGGGGCCCUGGGCAGUACCCACACCUUGCACCCACGUACGCAGCUGUCAAUGCGCUGUGCAUCAUUGCCACGGAAGAGGCCUACAAUGUCAUUAACAGAGAGAAGCUUCUUCAGUAUUUAUACUCCCUGAAGCAACCCGAUGGCUCUUUUCUCAUGCACGUUGGAGGCGAGGUGGAUGUAAGAAGUGCGUACUGUGCUGCCUCAGUGGCCUCUCUAACCAACAUCAUCACUCCGGACCUCUUUGAAGGCACUGCGGAAUGGAUAGCAAGGUGCCAGAACUGGGAAGGUGGCAUUGGUGGGGUGCCAGGGAUGGAAGCCCAUGGCGGCUACACCUUCUGUGGCUUGGCUGCACUGGUAAUCCUCAAGAAGGAACGCUCAUUGAACCUGAAGAGCUUGUUGCAAUGGGUGACAAGCCGGCAGAUGCGAUUUGAAGGAGGAUUCCAGGGCCGCUGCAACAAGCUGGUGGAUGGCUGUUACUCCUUCUGGCAGGCAGGGCUCCUGCCCCUGCUACAUCGUGCACUGCACGCUCAAGGCGACCCUGCCCUCAGCAUGAGCCACUGGAUGUUUCAUCAACAGGCCCUGCAGGAGUACAUCCUGAUGUGCUGCCAGUGCCCCGCGGGGGGUCUGCUGGACAAACCUGGCAAGUCACGUGACUUCUACCACACUUGCUACUGCCUGAGUGGCUUAUCCAUCGCCCAGCAUUUUGGAAGUGGAGCCAUGCUGCAUGAUGUAGUCAUGGGUGUGCCUGAAAAUGCUCUGCAGCCCACGCACCCCGUCUACAACAUUGGACCCGACAAGGUGAUCCAGGCCACCACAUACUUUCUGCAGAAGCCAGUCCCAGGCUUUGAGGAAUGUGAAGAUGAGGUGACCUCAGAUCCUGCCACCGACUAGAGGACCCCAUGGCUCCCCCAGCUCCCCCAUCAGACAAGGUUUCUCCAUUUGGGUACAGAGCAUACUCUGUGCUUCCGUGAGCCUUGGCCACUGUGGAGUUGUGGUUUCUUUGUCCUUUCCUGUCAAACAAAACAAAGCCAUCAGCUCUGGGUUCAGAAUACACAGUGGUGUGAUUUUUUAAAAUUAUUUUCAUACCUGUCAAAUCAAAACUCUGUGAGCCUGUGCAGUGGGGUUGGCAGAGAGCAGUGCAUGCUGGGAAGCAACAGCCUCUCCUGGCAGCCAGCAGCCUGGCCCACCAUGCUGAAAUGGAAGGUAUCUCAGCAUCCCAGCCCCUGCUGUGACUCCCACCUGCACACUACCAUUCAGUCACCUCUCUGGUAGAAAUGUGAGCUCCAUGCUGGGCCAGGGUGGGGCUCUGGGUCCUGCCUGUGUGAGCUCCCUGGAAAAGAUCACUGGGCUGGAGCAGUGCCUGCUUCUGCUUGUCUCCCUCACCCAGUCACCUGCAAAGGACAGCGGCUGGGAAUGGAGGAGAGCCUUAGGUUGAGUGCUUCCCCUCAGCUGGGAGAACUGAGCCACACAUCUCUCCAAGACCAUGUUUGGUGUAAGCAAGACUUGUUUUGUCCUAGCUAUGACUAGACCCAGGUAACCAAUUAUGAUUGGAAAAUCAGCCUCUAGGUCAACUCUGUGCCAGAGGAAGCAGCUUCCCCCAGAGCCCAGGCCCUGCCUCUCUCCAUCAUGUACUAGGAGACGUCCUCUUCCUCCAGGCAGUCCUGCAGCCCAGGCUCCUUCCGUUUCCACCCCCUGCCCCCAGGACAGUGUUGUCUUUGCUCAUCCAGAGUGUUAACACUACUAAGGCUUCACCUUAACUGAUGAUGACUCAGGAUUUAUUCCUGCCCGGCGCACUGCAGGCUCACUGAAACAGAAUCAAGCGCUAGGCACGCUGGCUGCUGUGGGGACAGUGGCCAUGGGCAGUAGGGUGAGCACUGCUGGUGUGCCGCUGCCGACUCCUGGAGCUGCCUCGGCACUGGCCCUUUCGGUCGGCAGGGUGCUGAGUUUGGUCAUCUGUCACGGCUAAAGUCACAGCCAGCUCAUGUGACUGUCCCAGCCUUCAUGUGAACAGGCAGACAGGAGCUUGAGACGCAGCAUGAGGCUCCUCCCCAAAUCACCGGCCAUGUGCUGCCUCGAAUUCCCUAUUGCUUUGGUGUACUGGGCUAUGUAUUACCUCCUUGAAAUAAUAAAAGAGUAACAUUUUCUA